UUGCUCCGGGGUUUAGAGCAGUCUUCAAGAGAGUGCCGACGCCUGCACUUACACACACUCAUACACACAAGCACACAGACACACACGAACUCACACACGCACACACACACCCACGAUGGCAGUGUAAACUUCAGGUCCGUAGAGAGUCAAGACACGGCGCUAUGACUGGAGUAUUCGACAAAAGGAUUCAUAGUUUCAAGUCUGCAGAUUUCCAGAACGCCUUUCAGCUUUCAGCCAUGCAUCACCCGUCUCAGGAAUCUCCCACUCUUCCCGAGUCUACAGCCACGGAUUCAGGCUACUAUAGCCCUGCCGGAGGGGUUCACCACGGCUACUGUUCACCCAACUCCAGCUCGUAUGGGAAACCUCUGAAUAGUUAUCCGUACCAGUACCACGGAUCCAACGGACCUGCUGCUGGAAACUAUUCAUCGAAAUCUUACGCUGAUUAUGGCUCAUACCCGAAUUCUGCGUAUCAUCAUCAGUACGCCGGAACGUACAGCAGAGCGCAAUCACAGCCGAGCCCACAAGACAAAGAGACUGUCGAGCCAGAAAUAAGAAUGGUGAAUGGAAAACCGAAGAAAGUCCGCAAACCGCGCACAAUUUACUCCAGUUUCCAGCUGGCGGCUUUGCAGAGGCGCUUUCAGAACACUCAGUACCUGGCGCUGCCGGAGAGAGCCGAGCUCGCCGCGUCUCUGGGGCUCACACAGACACAGGUGAAAAUCUGGUUUCAAAACAAAAGGUCUAAACUGAAAAAGAUCAUGAAGAACGGAGAUCUGCCUCCCCCAGAGCACAGUCCCAGUUCAAGCGACCCUAUGGCGUGCAACUCCCCUCAGUCUCCGGCUGUGUGGGACUCACAGGCUCCUUCUAGACCUCACCACCAAGCCCAAAAUAUCAACACAGCCACCUCCUCGUUUUUGGAAAACACUGGCUCUUGGUUUUCCUCCGCCGGUGCGGUGAAUUCUCAUCUUCAGGCCCCCAGUUCCUUACAGCACUCUCUGUCUCUCGGACCAGGAACGUUGUACUGAAAUUUGUGUUAAUAAUCGGUUGUAUCGGACUGAUGUUUAAUUUUUUCCAUUCCGAAGAAUAUGCAAUGUACUGAUUUGACAGUCACAGAAAAAACGUGUAUAAUGUGUAAAUGUGUGCAUGUAAUUUAUUUGCAUUUGGAAGACUUAUUAAAUGUUUUUCAUGGACUACAGAUCCACAAAUUCUCAAUGGUGCCUUAAAUUGAAACCUCAACGUUUGUCAUACCUGGACGUGCCAUAUAAUUAAGAGCAACGUACAAUAAAUAUAGGAAUUACGUGUUUAUCCUUUA